AUGAUGUCGUCCACCGAGCGUACGGCGUCACAGCGCGUGCCAGCUUGGAAACGAUUGGGCCUAAAGCUCAAGGGGCCUACUGCUGCACCCGAGCCCGCACCGGGCGGCACCCCGGCAGUUGGGCACCCAAGCAGCACCCAGCACAAGAGUCACUCGAACAAACGAAAACUCGACGCCCCGCCGGGUUCCGAGCCCUCUCUGGAUAUUAAAAAGCCUCGCAGGGAGGCCGACGAUGGAAAUGCCGAGCCGAAAAAGAAGACCAAGUCUGUUUCGUUUGGAGACACUCCGACAAAGAACGGAAACCCUCCAACCACCAACGGCGACACCACCAAGCAGCCGUCCAAGCAGAAACAGCCCCAGCAACCCAAGAAGAGCAAGGGGCCUGCCAAGAAGCAGAAGCCCGCACCCCCUUUGGACCUCGCACCCGCCCUCCAGUACCUGCAGCAGUGGAAGACGUCACGCGAUAGCUGGAAGUUCAACAAGAAUCAACAAAGCGCCCUCAUCAAGCACGCAUUCGACUCUGACGGCAUUCCUGCCGCUGACAUUGGCGCCUUUUAUGAGUACAUCAGAGACUUGAAGGGAUUCGUCAGGACGAGGCUGCGUGAGACUGCCAUGGAAAUAAGGACAAAGGACGACGCGGACCGUGCGUCUGCGUUCCCGGCGGGCACGUCGGAUGUUGAAGCCAAGCAAAUCAGCUACGAAAAGCUGCUCAACGACCUUCUGCGAACCUCACAAGGUGGUCAGAAACGAAAGGGGUACAACGAAGUGGAGUACGUUGCUUCAGCCGAGGACCCAGACAUUGUCAUCCGCCGUCUGGUGAAGCGCAUGCGCGCCGAAAUGAUCAUCGAUGAGCUUUCGGAUGGCGAGCAGACGGAUGACAGCCGCACGACCCAGUCGUCGGAGACCAUAGUCACCAGCGACACCAACACAGCCAGGGGCUCCGGGACAGACAAGAGGCUAAGGCUCAACGACGGCACUGGCAAGCGGAGGCGGAAGCUGCGUGUCAACAUGGACGACAGCAGCAGCUCCGAGUCGGAGUCGGAGUCGGACUCGGACACAAGUAGCGACAGCUCCUCAGACGAGUCUGACGACGAUGAGGAGGAUUCGGUGGAUGCCAAGUCGGUCGAUGGAUAUGACUCGUCAAGUAGCUCCUCAUCUUCGUCGUCCGAGGACGACUCUGACUCGGAGUCGGAUUCAAACGACGAAGAGAGCGAUGAUGACGAGUAG